CCCUCAAUUUUAGAUUCAGAGGCUAGUGCCUCCGAUGUCCCAGACAUCCCUUUUAUUUGUGAACCUGGCCCUGACCCAGUGUCAGAGCCAGACGUUUCUCCCGCAUCAUCUCAGCCUCUUACCAUUUUACCGCCUACCUCCUCCACUUUGGAAGAGGUAAGCCCACCAGUUAACCCCGGACUUGCUUCCGAGGAUGAUUCAACGGAGGUUUCCUUAACCUCCCCACGUCACAUCACUGCCAGAGAGGACUCUUCACCUGUGCCAGAGCACACUGCCAGCCUUGGUGACUCCGCAGAUUCGCAACCUGUGGGGCCAUCUCGGCCUUAUCAUCCAGUGCCACGGAAGAGGUUCUGGAACAAGUUCUGCCGAGACUGUGGCCGCAAGGGUCACAUGUCUGCAAAUUACGGAGGGUGCGCGAACCACAAUAUUCCGGCCAUCGCAAUGGCCGUCACCAAUCCUUCUUCUCUAGGACCCCCAGCUAAGGGCCCUAUAACCGUCGCACCCCUCCAAAGCCAUUAUCAGCCAAGCCACGUCAGAGCCUACGACGACUCUGGCGCUCAAAUCUCCCUGAUACGGGAAGACAGAAUUCCCCGAGGGGCUAAUGUUGAUAGACGUCGAUUGAUCACCAUUGAAGGUAUCAAUCACAUUAAACUGAUCCUUCCGACCGUCCAAUUGAGGGUCACUAGACCUCACUUCUCCAAAGUUUGUACCCUUGCAGUUGCAAGCUACAUUCCAGGAGGUUACGACCUCCUCCUAGGGCAAGACAUGAAGUCUCCCUCGCAUUCCAAACAGCCUAGGGGUCCUAACCCCACAACAAAUCACUCCAAGGCAAGGAGUCAUCGAAAUUCUACUUCCUCUAGGAAGUAUGUCCACCAACAGUCUCCCCCGUUACCAAGGAGGGAGAUUGACCAUUCGCAGUUCCGUUGCAAAACCUGUAACGUAAUAGGGCACUCUACUAAUUGGCCUAGGUGCCCUAGCAAACUACCAGCAGCGGACACUGUCCAUUUUCCACAAGGCCUAGCCUUCAACAAGAGACAGGAGCCUCUGUCUCCCAUUUCCAAGGGCACGCUGAGAGGUAUUGCACCUCCAGUACCCGUCACAGGUCCAGUCGACCUCAACUCUCUGCCAGUGCCACUUGGCAGCACUGAGCAGUGCCAAGCUCCGUCCAGCCUGGACGUAGAGCCACCACCGAACUUGACCUCUGCGCCUGGCCCCGAGCUAGCGCCGGCGCCUAACCUUAUCAAGGAUCCUCCUACAGGAGAUCCUCCAACAGGCAUGGAGCUUACCACAGCCCAUGGCCAAUCACUAGUUCCUUCUUCUUCAUCCUUACCUCUGUCGCCCGAGGAUGAACCUCCGGCAGACCUUACCUUUGUACCUCCUCUGGAAAACCAGGAACUGCCCGACCAGGAGUCAGCCUGGAGUUUUCCCCUUACAACGGCUGCCGCAGCAGUCGAAGUGAGGGCCUCCCCUGCAGUAGGUUCCACCUCUACGACGGUUGCUGCAGAUACCGAAGUAGGGUGUUCUCCUGAAAUCCCUCAGGCUACCACUGCCUCUGCUCCUGCCGGCGUUUCUGGCCUUUCCCCAGAGUCGGUGCCUCCGUCUACUCCUAGGACUGGUAUAGCCAGGUCCUGGAGGAAUAAGAAGAAGAAGAAGGGACGUCAUUAACAUACUAACAAAAGAGCCACAUGCUCUCCUUGACACCUGUGCCUGAGGUACAGUGUCACAUUCAUUUGCAGAAUGAUCCUGGCACCUACCCAGAGAAGGUAGCCAGCCCGAUCUCUGCCAGUAGCACUAACCCUCUAACCCCUAGCCACUGUAAUACUAACCCUCACUUAAAUAUAAUUACCUCAUUGCAUUUCCCUCCUGGUAAAUUAACCACUCAUCAUCCCCACGUAUCAUUACCUCUCAUUAUGUAUUUUAACAGUUCCGUCGCUGAACUACUGCUGUGCGUACCACACUCUGGAAUGAUUGCGUCUUCAUUUAACUGUAUUGAGUAGGUUAGGCUAAUGAUUUAGUACCAGGGCAUUAGGUUAGUAGCAAGUAGAAUUUUCAAGUAACCUUAUCUAGGGGUAGAGUAGACUGUCGUCACAAGACAACCUGUAGUUAUUUAUUAGGCUAGACUACAUCACUAUAUUAAGUUAGUACACUUAGCAUCUUUGCCUAUAAGUUAGGUAGGCCAUUGUAGUCAGCCGUAUCGCUGCUCAAAAAACUUCAAGUUAGAGUAGGAGAACUGGGUUGUCGAGGCGAUCAACUUAUUUAAGCCAAGACCUUCACGCCCGAAAGGGAGUGAAUGCCUUCUUAACAGGGGGAGCUGCUACGUCUAUAGAACGCCUCGCCUUCCCAGCAGAGUUUUAGUUAUGUUUAAUUAUAAAAGUAGCAGCCAUGCCGUCUCCUGAAGCUACUGUUGUUGGGAGAGUGGGGAUGUCGUAGGAAUGAUAUUUCCGGUCUGACGGAAGCUUAGGGUAAGAGAGGCAGGUCACAAGAGUAGCUAGGCUUCGAGAUGGAUUUUAGGGACUUCUACAAUAAGACCUAUUUUCCUUCCCAAUUUGCUGGCGUUGUGUUUACCACCUUUCAGGCAAUGCUCGAGGCGGUUUUUGGAAGCCCCGUGAUUCGAAAGCAAGCAGUAUCGCUCUCAGUCGGCCGCGAGACGUGAUCUCGGACAGAGGUCAAAUUGCCAGCCUCCCAAAAUUAGGCCUACCCACGACGCACUGGUGGACCCGGACCCCAGACCUGAACAGAGGUCGGACCGCAUUCUUCUACAAGGAUACACAGAAUAUUGCAUAAAGAUUCCAUGAGUCACGUGCCGUCUCUGCCCGCAAGUGUGCAUUAACCCAAGUGAAUGAAAAUCAGCUUGAAUUGAAUGAGACUAUAAGCCCCAACGUGGGGGCCAAUAUCAUUUAACUUUUCUCCAGGCCAGCACGGGCCUUUCUGUAAAUAAAUAGUUUUAAAGUAACGAGCUGAGUUUUCUGGCGACCUUCCCUCUAAAGAAAGUUUACGGUAAGUUCAAGCAAUUCCCUCUUGAAAUCCCUAAAUUACUUCCGUUUACGUAUCUAGCUUCU